GGAAGCUGUGUUUCCACAGCCGGUGCGGCCAGUGGACAGCGGGCAGGGAAAGGAGGCCUCGCACGCCUGGCGCCGAGCGGCCCCUUCCCCCUUCAUGUCCCGGGCUGCCCUCGCUCCGGGUUCUGCCGUUUCAUUUGCCGCCUUCCAACGCGUGACCCAGCGCGCUCGCGUCCCGAACCGAAGGCACCGCAGGGUACGCCAAGCGGCUCCAUGUGCCCCCUCCCUCUCGCGGCCGCCGCAGUAGCCGCGGCCCAAACCCCGCUCAGGCUCCUCAACAGAGGGCUCGCCGCCACCAUGUCGACCGCCAGGCCGCUCAAAUCCGUGGACUACGAGGUAUUCGGGAACGUGCAGGGCGUUUGUUUCAGAAUGUACACAGAAGAUGAAGCUAGGAAAAUAGGAGUGGUCGGCUGGGUGAAGAAUACCAGCAGAGGCACUGUGACAGGUCAAGUGCAAGGCCCCGAAGAAAAAGUCAAUUCCAUGAAGUCGUGGCUGAGCAAGGUUGGGAGUCCCAGUUCUCGCAUUGACCGCACGGACUUUUCUAAUGAAAAAACCAUCUCUAAACUUGAAUACACUAAUUUUAGUGUUAGAUACUAAUCGAAAAAGGAAUAAGGAUUGUAAUGCUUACACUGUACAAUAGAUACCAUAUAUUGUUAAAACUAUAAACUUAAAAGACUAAUAGCAGCUGAGUAGGGUGAAAAAAGGGAUCUUUCUUUUCUGAGAGCUACAGAAUUAUAAAUGUUACUAAAAAUGUCUGGCACUGAAAUAAUUUUACUCAACUAUGUUUUUUAAAAGCAAAAUCUUAGUAUUCUAAAAUAAGAAAAUGUCAUUACAAAAUAUUUAACAUGAAUAUCCAGUUUGAAAUUGUCUCAUGGAAUCUUUAAUUUCAAUGAACAUUACAGCAUCCAUGUUACUUAGCUAGAUAUAAAGUAAUAAAGAUAAACAUUUAAUAAGUUUUAAGUACUGUUGUCUGCAUUGAAUUCUAAAACCUUCUGAAUAAUAAUUUGAGUAACAUUAUUAAAGUUGAAUUGUCUGUUAUUAAAGUCUUUAAAAAGAAUCAGAAAUAAUUGUAUGUGAUGAUCAAUAAAAUC